AUGCCGCCAGUCCGCCCACCCCCCUCGCCAAAGAGCAAGCCUUACAGCCCAAAGGCCAGCAGAACGCCGAAGCCCGGCCCCCGCCCCUCCCUCCGCGCGUCCGACUCGGCGCCGACCGACCUCGCACCGUCGGGGAAGCGCUGGACGGGGGAAGAGUACGUCGCGCUCUUCGACCACGUCGCGGUGCACGGCGCGGCCAAGUUUGAGGCCGCCGUCCCUGGCCGAACGAAGAACCAGUGCUAUCAGGCGUUCAAGUGCACUGUCGCGCCGAUGUGCCGCGCCAUGCUGGCUGCCAAGGGGGAGGAGAAGGGCAAGGCGGCGGCCCAACCGGCCGGCAAGGUCGUCAAGGAGGAGGCGUAA